AUGAGUGCUGAUCUCCCGUUCCAGUGUACCAAACUCUCGGCUCAAGGGCUCCAGGUCCUGAUUCCCGACGAGGAUAGCUACGAGACUAGAGUAGACUCGUGGUGGUCUGCCGACUCUCGCCUCACCCCGACCUGCAUCGUUCAGCCCAAGAACGCCGCAGAAGUCUCCAAGGUCGUCAAAAUCCUCUUCAGCGGAUCAGUCAACUUUGCUAUCCGCAGCGGCGGCCACAGCCACUGGGCGGGUGGCAGCAAUGUUGACUCCGGAGUGACGAUUGAUCUUGGUCUCAUGAAGGGUAUCACGUAUGACGCUUCCACAGGCCUGGCUUCCGUUUUGCCUGGUGGCCGAUGGGUGGAUGCCUACAAGACGCUCGAGACGUACGGAGUCGCCGUUCCCGGCGGCCGAGAUGGUAACGUCGGCGUUGGAGGCUUCUUGACGGGCGGCGGUAACUCGUACUACACGGCCCGCGCAGGAUUUGGAUGCGAUUCCAUCGUCAACGCAGAGGUCGUCCUCGCCAAUGGCACCAUUGUCAACGCCAACAAGAGCACCAACUCUGACCUCCUCAAGGCGCUCAAGGGCGGCUCGGGUAACUUUGGCAUCGUGACCCGCUUCGAUUUGCAGACCAUCACGGGCGGACCGUUCUGGGGUGGUAUUCGUGCCUCCAACGUAUCUCAGUCCGAGAUCAUCACCAACGCCAUGGUCAACUUCACCAACACGAACGACGAGCACCCGGAAAACUCAUUCCUGAUCAACUGGACUUACAACCCGAGCAUGUCGACAGAGAUUCUCCUCGCCCAGGUCAUGGUUGAUACCACAGGCGUCGAGAAGCCUGCCGUGUUCGACGACGCGCUGCAGGCCACCGAGCUCUUCAGCGGCUUCAGCGUCCGGCCUCUCAGCGAGAUGGCUGACACCUAUGCCCUCCCCUCAGGCCUCCGUAACGUCUGGUUUAGCCAAACGUUCGCCAAUGAUGCCCGCAUCAUCCGAAAAGGCUCUGCGCUGCACAAGACCUUUGUCGAGGAGUUGUUGGCCGAGAUCCCUACGUUGGACCUGGGCACGCAGAUGCUCUUCCAGCCUCUGCCCAAGCUCUUCGCCGACAUUGGUGUAGCAAACGGUGGCAACGUCCUCGGCCUCGACAGGAUCCAGGGCAACUCGCUCCUGUGGCUGCUUUCGUGCACCGUCAAGACCGCAGAGCAGGAGACGCUGCUCCGACAGAAGUCGGCUGCGUUCUCCGCCGCCAUGACGACGUACGCCAAGUCCAUCGGCGUCCUACGCGAAUGGCGCUACCUGAACUACGUCGACCCCAGCCAGGCGAAUCCCAUCACCAGCUACGGCACCGACAACGUCAAGUUCCUUCGCAAGGUCUCUGCCAAGUACGACCCGACGGCUUUCUUCCAGAAGCAGCGCAAGGCCGGCUUCAAGCUGCCUUAG